UUCUAUUUAUAUUUUUGCAAAAAAUUGCGCUUCUUUAAAGUAAGGAAUUAAUAGAAAUAUGCAACAUGGCGUUGCAGUGCAGAGCUUGUGGGGAGCCCAUAUAUACUGAAGAUCCAAGAAAUAUAUUUAAGCCAGAAAAUAAAACGAUUCGCCUUAAUAUUGAAGCGUUAACUGGCAUUCAUUUAAGAUAUAACCUUGAGCUGCCAAGUCAUAUAUGUUCCUGUUGCUAUUUGGACUUGGACUAUUGUGUGUCCUUUCGCGAACGUUGCUUAGAGGCUCAAGGGCUAUUUACAAAAGAAACUGUACGCCACAAAAAACCUGUUAUUCCCCAACUGGAUAAGUUUCCGUCAAAAAUAGUUAGCAUAAAGAAUGAAAGCCCGCCUGAAGAUCAAAUUCACGUAGAAAUACAAGAAGGGACUCCUCCAGCUGUACCCGCAAGAAAAAGUGCAGCCAAACAAGUAACACGAUCCAUUCAACCAACAAAACGCCCAAAAAAAGAGCUGUCACAGGAGCUUAAAUAUGUAUGUCACUAUUGCGGUUGGAAAUUUCGAGAUCCAAGCAAUCUAAAUCAUCAUGUUUUGCGCCACACUGGUAUAAAAAAAUUUAAGUGCGAAGAAUGCGAACGUAAGUUUGGCACUCGCCAUGAAAUGUUGCUACAUGUUCGUGUCUAUCACAGAGGCGAAACACCAUUCAAAUGCAAAUUCUGUGAUGCAGGCUUUCGAAAUAGGAUUAGCUGUCGUCGGCAUCAAAGACUUCUUCAUGCUAGUGAGAUGCCCUUUGAGUGUAAUAUAUGUAAGACAACGUAUGUAAGCCAACUCAGCUUUGAUAAGCACAAGUUAGUACACCUUCAAGAAGAGGAAAUUCCAAGUUGCAGUAUAUGUAACAGAACUUUCAAGGGAACAAGGGAGUUACGAGAGCACAAGCUGACCAAGACACAUCAAAGAAGAGAGACUGAAAUGUUGUUGCUUCCAACUGAAAGUGAUUUAGAAACUGAUUUUUCCGAUUAUUUAUCCGAUUCUCAGAUUGAACAAUUUAUAAAAUAUAAAUAA